UGUUUUCUAUUUUACCCAAUUCGAUUAUUUAUAUCAAUGAACACAACUUAUUGUUUGUUACAAAAUCAUAAAAUAUCAACCAACAAUAAAAUGCGUUGUACCUACGACUAGCGACCAGGCAGAAAUUAGUACAAUAAUUAUUAAAGUGAAUAUCGUAUAUUUCAUCAUGGAAGGAAAAAAGAUUUCCUUUGGUUUUUUUAAGACAAAAAAGGCUGAGAAACCUGUGGCUGAAGAAAAGAAGGAGUACAUUGAUUGUAUUGACGAAAAGGCCAUCAAAGUUGUUGGUGGUGAAACAGUCCAAGAUGACAAACCGUUAGUAAUCCCAAUGAAGGCAAACACACUAAUAACAGCAGAAAGACUUAAGGAAAUAGCAGAAAAAGUGGAGCUGGGUCUGGAAGAGCCAGUGAAAGUUGAGGAUAAAACUGAAGAAAGCAACAUUCCCGAAAAUGAAACUUUAGAACAGAUGGCUGUGAGAGAAUUGCUCCAGGACGCCAAGAAAGAAGUGAAUGUUGACACACCUUCUCUGACAGUUCCGGUUGCUGCAAAACCUGCUGGUGAUGCUAAAGAGUCAACUCUGGAUGAUUAUGAAUCAAUUCCUAUUCAGGACUUUGGUUUGGCCAUGCUCCGUGGCAUGGGAUGGAACCCUAGUAAAGACCAAUCAAAGUACAAGCAGCCGGCGCUUCGGCCAAAAGGUCUAGGGUUGGGAGCAGAUAAAGUGAUCAAGGAGAAUCAAAAGAAGUCUGGCAAUGACAAAGAAGAGGAACUAAGUAUCGUCAAAAAUUCAUUUGUGAAAAUCACUAUAGGAAAAUACAGUGGCUGCUAUGGAAAGGUAAUAAGUCUGGACGAAGACAACGGCCGAGUGAUGGUAGAUAUUCCAAUUAAAAAAGAAACAGUUAAUUUAAGCGAGUUCAUGAUGCAAGCAGUCACCAAGUCCGAGUAUGAUAAGGAAUCCAAAGUCAUAAAUGCUGACUUGUACGAACAAUACAAGCGCGAUGACAAAUCUCAAACGUCCAAACAUGAUUCUCCAAAUAUGAGUGACAGGGAAGCUUCAUCGAGUCACAAAUAUGACAGCCAAGACUUUAGAAAGGAUAAGAGAGAAAAUCAUGCCAGAGAUUAUCAAGAUUCUCCGAAUGGAAGAAGUAUGGAAAAGAGUAGAAGAGAUUCUUCAAGUAGUAGUGUAGAUAGAAAACGCAAGAAAAAGGAUAAAAAAAGAUAUAGCAGUAGUGACUCGUUAAGUUCUCUUUCUGACUAUGAGAAAAAGAAGAAACAUAAGAAGAAAAAACAUAGUAGUAGUGAUUUUGAAGAUAACAUAAGAGAAAAAAUGCGCAGGAGUAAAACUCCAGAAGGAAAAAGAGAUAUAGAUAAGAAACGCAAAGGGAAGAAAAAGAAACGAGAUAGAGAUCGAUCACCAAACUAUAGAAAACAUAGGAAAUAACGAAGCGAUAAAGGAAAAUAAA